AUGCCACUAAAUAAAGAGGCAGCAACACCAAGACCUAGAAACCAUCAAGCUAGUACUAGAUUUAACUGGUUACCAGAUGAGAUAUUCAUGCUACCAUAUUUUCACCAAGAAUUGAUCAACAGUGAUGCUGCUCAUUCAUACAUCAAGAAAAAUUGCAGACAGCAUGGUUCCUUUUUAUUGAGAACUAGUUCAAAGGGAGAAAACCAUCUAACAUUGUCUGUCAGUGUUGAUGAUGGUCAGAUACAUCACAUUCAAGUUUAUGUUUCUAAACAAAAUUUCAACUAUAGAUAUCACAUUGUACCAGAUAUAGUCUUCCAAUCAUUUUCUGCAUUACAACAACAUUACUCAAAACAUCGCAUAGGAAACCUGGAACAGGUAGAGAAUGUUAAACUUAUCCAUCCUUUGACAAGACGCAACCGUACCCAAAGCCUGCCUAUUAUAGAAAAUCCAGAAAAUGGUAGCUCAAGUAGGAGAGCUGUAGAAUUGUCACGGAGAACAUCUGAUAUCUCAUCAAGCCAAAGACCUGGUACUAAUCUAAGUAAUCAUCAUGGAAGCACUACAAGUUUAACAGACCCGAGACAUCGUCCACCUCAACCACUCCCCCCUUGUCCUGCAGCAGGUGGAUCAACUCCUUAUUACACACGACCAACAGAUGAAGAGAUAGAUAGAGCUAGUGAACUAGCUGAAUUAUUACGGAACAACGAACGGUGUGAUUGUGGACUUCUUCUUCAUGAGGCUGAACUAGGUAGUGAUUGGACUGUUCAUAAAAGUCGCGAUGCAUCUACAAUUGGAAAAAUAUUUUAUCAAAAUGUAAGUGGUGACACAUGUUGGAACUUACCAGAGAGUGUGUUAAUGAAACUCAGUCCAGAAAAAGUCAUGCCAGGGUCAAAAUUUCAAAAAACAAAAUUGGCAUUGCCUGUAGAAUUGGCCACAGAUUUAAGAGGGAGAGAGAUAACUGCUAUUUAUCAGUUGUCAGACCUGAAUCUUCAUCUACAGAACUCAUCAAGUUUCUAAAAUAUCUACCUUUGCAUAUACAAAGCCAAUUUCUCAAAGAUAAGGCAAGACAUAAACAAAUAAAUAGAAAAUAUACCUAACAUAUAUAUCUAUAAUACAACAAUUUUACAACAUAUUCUAAGCAACAUAUACAAAAACAUAUUGACAAGUGUUUACC